GCAAAGAACAUUAAAAAUCCAGUUAUACGACUUCGUCUUGUACCAGCCAGUUUGAAAAAUUCAUCAAAACCAGCAAAUGGAGUUGUUAAUGGUGAAAAAACAUGGUCAACAUCAUCACAAUGUCAACAUGAUGAAAGUGAUCAUGUUAGCUGUACUUCAGCAACAACAAUUGAUAUUAAACAAUUGAUUAAAAAAUGUUUAUCGAAUUUGAAAGAAACAACGGAAAAUAUUCAAUUACUUGAUCGUUAUCUUCAUCCAGAAGAUUAUAUUGAUGAUGAGUGUCAGUCAAUAAGUAAAUCAUCUACAAAUCUACAACAAUCUUCAUUACCAGUCAAUGUUUCAUUAAGUCGUCAGAUAUCACAAGCAUCAUCAAUAUCUGAUUCUCGUAAACCUUCAUCAAAUAUUGUCGAUGAACUUAUUCCUGCUCUUAAUCAUUUGAUGAAUACACAACAACCAUUAUUAUCAUCAUCAUUACUUUCUAUCAAUAAACCUGUUGAAUCACUACCAGUGCCUCCACAAACAAUAAUUAAUUAUCAAACGCAAACACAAACAUUAAUACCAAUUACAAAUGUACCAUCACGUUCUUCAAAUAAAUCUUUUAGUAAUCGUCUUGGUAUGAUGAUACCACCAAAUCAAAUUCAAAAUUCAAUUGUUCAAGAAUCAAAAACGAUAUCACCAUCUCAUCAAUAUCUACCACAAAAGCCAAAAUCACCAGUAAUUGUCAAACAACCAAUAGUUUCAUCUAAUAGUAAAAAUCAAAACGAACCAUCUCCAAACAAAAUUUCACCAUCAUCAAUAUCUAAAUGUAAAAUUGAAUUAAAACAAUUUGAACCUGGUACGACUCUUGAAGGUAUUGUUUCGGUUGCAUCAAAUGCUUCUUAUUUCUUUUUACAACUUAUCGACGAAAAAAAAGAUGAAUUUGAUCAUUUAUCAAAAAGUUUACAUGAAUACUAUUCAAAUCUUGAUAAAAAUACUCAUUAUCGUCCAUUACCAGGUGAUUAUUGUGUUGCUAUGUAUACAGAAGAUGCUCGAUGGUAUCGAGCUCGUAUUAUACGAUAUAUUUCAGAUCAAACAUGUGAAGUAUUCUAUAUUGAUUAUGGUAAUAUGGAAGAAUUACCAAUUGAUUUAUUGCAUGAAAUUUUACCUGAUUUUGUUCGAAUACCAGCUCGUGCUAUUGCAUGUACUAUUGCUGAAAUAUUACCACCGAAUGGACAAGAAGGUUGGACAAAACGUGCAACAUUUGCAUUUGCAUCACGUUGUAGUAAUGAACGUGUUCAAGCAACAGUUGUUGAAUCAACAAAUAUUAAAUGGCCAAUGCAUAUUGUUCAACUUCGUGUUUCAAAAACACAAGAGGAUAUUGGAGCAUCACUUGAAAAUUGUAAACUAGCUCGACAUGUAUCAAAUAAUGAAAUAUGUGAAUUUUGGUCGAAUAAAAUUCGUCUCGAACAAUACAUCUUAUACAAUUUACAAGAACCAAAUCCAAAUCGUUUUCCAUUAAUUGAACAAGUACCAGUGAAAAAUACAACAGAAGAACAUACAAAUACAUUUCUAUCAUUAUCACUUCAACAAACUCCAUCGACUGAUGAUGAUGAUUCAACGAAAGAAGAAACACCUAUUAUUGAUGAAAUAAAACCAUUGAAAGAAAAUAUUGAUCAAACAAUAUCAACUAUUACUGGCAAUGAUGAACUUGAUGAAAUUCAAUUAGAUAAACAAACAAUACCUGAUAUAUCUGAAGAAAAAAAAGAAGAACACAACGAACUUACUUGUAGUACUCCAUCAUCUGCUCUUAAUCCAGAUGCAACUCCUUUUGUUGGUUUAUCAACAAUUAAAACUGACAGUAAUCAAUCAUUGUCAAGUGGAGAUGAAAGUGAUGAUGAAAUUGAUUCAAAUGAAACACCAAUUUCUACUGAUUCAUCUGAACGUCCACGUAUGCCUAUCAAAGAAGAAGUUAUUGUUGAUACUAGUUUGAUGCCAUCAACACCUCUGCUUAAAUCUUGGUUACCAAUAGAAGUAACUCAUAUUGAAACACCAACUCGUUUCUAUAUUCGUUAUAUCUAUGGUCCUAGUUGGAAUUUAGGCAAUGGACAAACACCUGAAUUAAUUAAUAAGAAGGAAGUACCAGAAAAAAAUGUUGUAUUAAAAGAAUUGACACAAGAAAUGACACAAUGUUAUAGUAAACAUAAACGUAUUUGUCCAGGUGAUAAUUAUGAUGAAGGUGAAUUAGUUGCUGUGAGAUUCCGUUCACAAUGGCAUCGUGGACGUUUUAUAGAAUAUAAACCAAACAUUGAUUUUGCACAUAUAUUUUUUGUUGAUUAUGGUUAUACACGUUCAGUACCUAUUCAAAUGAUUCGACCAAUUAAUAAUCGUUUUGUGUUACAUGCUGAACAAUCUCAUUUAGUUCAUUUAUAUCAACCUGAUCAACGUCGAGGGCGUAUAGAAUGGAGUAUAAAUGUGAUUGAUGAGUUUCGAGAAAUGACUAAAGAUGGUACAAAUUUAUAUGCAAGAAUUAUUAAUGAACCAAAUACAAUUGAAUUAAUGUCUUAUGAUCCAUUAACGAAAAAAUGGUUUUCAUUCUAUGAACAUUUUGUUAAACAUAUAAAUCAUUGUGAUAAUAUUGAACAAAAAACUGAAUAG